CCAGAUCCUCAAAGGUUCAGAUACUUCCAGGAAGUGCCUGAAAGAAGCUUCCUGUCAUCGAAACCAUUAAGAGAAAAAGUCUACGUACUGCUCUGGGACUUGCGGAGUUAAUCCGCCAAAAUGGCAGAAAAUAAGGAAAGUAAUAGUAAAAAUGUAGAUGUGAGACCGAAAACCAGCCGGAGCAGGAGUGCGGACAGAAAGGAUGGCUAUGUAUGGAGCGGAAAGAAGCUCUCGUGGUCCAGAAAGAGUGAGCAUUGUUCUGAAACAGAAACAGUAAGUAGUUUAGGCAAGCCAGCAGCUGGUUUGAGGAACCAAGAAAGGAAGCACAGCUGUUCAUCUAUUGAACUGGAGUUAGAUCGUUCAUGCGGCCACAGAUUUUUAGGACGGUCUUUUAAACAGAAGUUGCAGGAUGCUGUGGGGCAAUGCUUUCCUCUAAAGAACUGUAGCAGUCGGCACUCUUCAAUGCUUCCAUCAAAAAGGAAAAUUCAUAUCAGUGAACUGAUGCUAGAUAAGUGCCCUUUCCCACCGCGCUCAGAGCUAGCUUCUCGAUGGCACUUAAUUAAAAGGCAUACUGCCCCCAUAAGUCAGAAACCAGAAGACUGGAUGGUUGCUGAUUUAUCCCAAAGUGAGGAGAGGGAUAACCAGCUGAGAGAUGGAGAGAGUUUCAAUGGAGCAGUGAGCUCUUUCCAGUCAUGUGAUAUUCUGGAUGACGAUUCCUGUAACUGUGAUCCUAGGGCUGAGUUGGGCGUGAGUCAGGUGUUAAAGAACGAGAAAGACGAGAGUGAUAUGGACUCUGAUGAUGAAGUUAUAACGCUUUGCACCAGUUCUAGGAAGAGAAACAAGCCCAAGUGGGAAACUGAUGAUGAGUUGUUGCAGUUGGAAAAGCCUCCUAAAUAUCAUACUCAGAUUGAUUAUGUCCACUGUCUUGUCCCAGACCUCCUGCAGAUCAAUAACAAUCCGUGCUACUGGGGAGUAAUGGAUAAAUAUGCAGCUGAGGCCCUGCUGGAAGGAAAGCCGGAAGGAACUUUUUUACUCCGAGACUCUGCCCAAGAAGACUACCUGUUUUCUGUUAGUUUUAGGCGAUACAGUCGUUCCCUUCAUGCAAGGAUAGAACAGUGGAAUCAUAACUUCAGCUUUGAUGCUCAUGACCCUUGCGUCUUCCAUUCUCCAGACAUAACUGGGCUCUUAGAGCAUUACAAAGACCCAAGUUCUUGUAUGUUCUUUGAACCACUUUUAUCUACUCCCUUACACAGGACUUUUCCUUUUUCCCUUCAGCAUAUAUGCAGGACAGUGAUUUGCAACUGCACAACAUAUGAUGGCAUUGAUGCGCUUCCUGUUCCUCCAUCUGUGAAGCUGUAUCUGAAGGAAUAUCACUAUAAAUCAAAAGUUAGAGUACUCAGGAUUGAUGUGCCAGAGCAGCAAAGCUAGAAAUUAUUUUUUGUGGGUGUAUUGGGAAGCAGGCAAAGGAUGUGUUCUAUCUUUCCUCUCUUGAAUUUAUUUUAUGGCAGGCUUUUUCUCCUAGAGAUUAUCUAUGAUCCAACUUGACUUCUGUCUGGGGUCUUUUACCAGAAUGCACUUUUAGUCUUCCCACCCCUUCUUUGUAGAAAAGGUAUUCGAGGCAGUGGGAGAGUGGGUGUGUGUGGUUUGGGGUUAUUUUCCCUUUGGUGAUGUUCGCACCUUAGGGGUUUUAUGGAAUUUCAGGUAGGUUUUCUGGUAUUUCCAUAUAGAGAUAGUCUUUAGAUUUAAAAAAUUUUUAAAUUCAGAUUUGAAUUUGAUCUGUCUUUUAUAUUGUAAUUUGUAUAUGUUGCGGACAUGUUUGAGACCUUGUAUGUACUCUAAACCGAAGAUUGACUAAUGUGUAUUUUUUACAUUUCUUUUAAAAUGAGUGCUAUGCCAUCUUUCUCUGUGUAUGUAUGAAUGUGUGUGUGUAAUACAGAGUAAAUUCAUCCAUCUAUUUUAAGAUUACUUGUCCUAGCAGAAUUAAGGCUCUGAAAGUAUUUGAUUGUUCUCUGUAAAUACACCGAGGUUUGAGGGAAGGGAACACCAAGGAGAGAAAACUAGUCAUCAGACUGUAUUGGUACAAGAACAAAUAGGUAUAAACUGGCCAUGAAUAAGUUAGAGUGGAAAAUAGUAGUGGGGGGUUGCAACCAUCAGAGCACUUAGGUUCAGGAUCAGCUUUCCAAUUAAAGCAGUUGGGGCGGUGAGCUAACUAGUUUUAAGGUGAAGCUUCACUGGUUUAUGAAAUAGGUUACCGUCUUUUCUCACAGAUAAUAUAUCCCUAAUAUGACAUCCUGUUUUUGAAAAGGCAGCAUGAGGAAAAAAGAUGCUACCUUGGGUAAGUAACUGCACAGCAGCAGCUAGGGAGAGAAGCCUACACUUGAGUCUGACACCAGGCCUGUGCAUGGGAUGGGGCCUACAGACCGCUGGCCUGACGUGGUGCAUGGGGCCUAAGGGUCACCGUCCUAGCUGUGGCAUGCUAGGCUGUCAUCCAGCCUGGGGACUCCCUGUGGGCAGUGGGGAUCACUGGCAGUGUUAGUUAAUGCCACUGAUUUCCCCACUCCCUCUCACCAAAGGCAUUCACCAAAUUCUCGGACCCGUGGCAAUCCGUAUUUGCUUGCAUAAAAUGCAUGCCUCAGUUUCCAAGAGCUGCUUUGUUUGGGGAAAGGUGCAUCUUAUGUGGGGUAUUAUGUGGCUGUCUCCAACAGCAGGGGCCCAGACUCUCGCACCCAAGAGGUCUCUUCAAGCCCUGUCUUCCUGUUUUCUGUGUGUAAAGUAUUACUCCAUCUUUAUUUGUUCAUG